UUCAAAAUAAAUAUCAGAUUUUUCAAAAUAAAUUUGGGAUAAAAGCCCGUCUCUCAGUCGAAACAACUUCGUAAAAGACUCGGAAUGGCGUCGACGUCCGGCGCUGGCAGUGGCGUAGCUGCCGGAAGAAUUAGAUCUCAUACAUCGGCGAUAUACUCCGACAAUCAAUCCCUCAUCCGCGAAAUUAGGAAGGCUGUGACUAUGAUGAAGGAUAUCGCGGUGGAUUUGGAGAGAGAUGAGAGAACCGAGAUGGUAAAGGAUCUCGAAGCUGGUGUUAUUCAGUUGUUGGGGGCGUCUGAUGAGUGCAUGCAUCUUUCCGAGGCAAUUCAGUCUAUAGGUGAUGAAUUAGAGCCUGGGCCAGAGCCAACAAAUUUUAAGAAGAAGUUUGAUGAAGAAAUUGCAAAAUCAAAGGCUAGAUCAUCGUCUAGCGCUCAGAGCCAGCCUUUGUUGAGACAAUUCCGGGAAGCCAUCUGGCAUGUUCAUCAUGCAGGACAGCCAAUGCCAGGUGAAGAGCAGGAGGACAUAGUAAUGACCAGUACGCAGUGCAACCUUCUGAAUGUGACUUGCCCUCUAAGUGGAAAGCCUGUUACUGAACUUGUAGAUCCAGUUCGUAGCAUGGACUGCAAGCAUAUAUAUGAGAAGAAGGCUAUUCUGCAGUUUAUUAAGUCCAAAACCUCACGUGGCCAAUGUCCUGUUGCAGGUUGUCCUAAAGUUCUCCAGGCUCAAAGGGUGUUAUGUGACCCUUUCUUACUUAUAGAAAUUGAUGAAGUCCGAUCCAUGAGUAAGCAAAACGCUGGACCUGAUGCGAUAGAGGAUUUUACUACACUUGAUGAAGAGGAUUGAAGGAUUGAGGAUAUUUGGGGCCCUGACGGACUGUUGACCCUCUUAUAUGUCCAAAUAUACAGGGUCUGCUCAUGAACAGCUUAUGUUUUUGUGUAAGCAAUGGGAAACCAUGUUUUAAUCUUUAGGAAGUUUGGGGGCAAAACUAUUUUUUUCCUCUUUUCCAAGAGGGGAUAAUUAAAGUUUUGAAAUUCUUGGAAAGGAAACAACUUGUGCAUACUUGUAUAAAUUGCCAAUGGAUCAUUUUCUGUUCAAGAACUGGCGGUCCAGAUUUUUA